AUGAAUGGCUUUGACUCUAAGGGCCUCGAUGAGGAUGCCUUUGGAGAGAAAGGCGCUCUGUCGGGGCUGAAGACCUUUGACGCUUUCCCGAAAACAAAAGCCUCCUACACAACCCCAACCCACCGCGGUGGCCAAUGGACCGUCCUUAUUCUCCUCGUCUGCACUGUCUUCAGCUUCUCCGAACUAAAAACAUGGUGGCGUGGCACAGAACAGCACCACUUCAGCGUGGAGAAGGGCGUCUCCCAUGAACUCCAGCUCAACCUCGAUAUCGUCGUCAACAUGCCCUGCGAUACCCUUCGUGUCAACAUCCAAGACGCAGCCGGCGACCGCAUCUUAGCCAGCGACAUGCUCAAGCGCGAGGAAACGAGCUGGAACCUGUGGAUGCACAAGCGGAACAAGGACAAGCACGAGUACCAAACACUGAGUCACGAGGAGGAGGACCGAUUGACAGCACAGGAGGCAGAUGCACAUGCGCACCACGUUCUGGGCGAGGUGCGACGCAACCCCAGGCGCAAGUUUGCGAAGGGUCCCUCGAUGCGAUGGGGCGACACUGCGGAUUCUUGUCGAAUUUAUGGGAGUUUGCGCCGCACUUGGAUCACAGUGCUUUCAACUUCUCGCACAUGA